AUGGGGGCCAGGGGGCCCAGGUAGUCCUGGGACCCCCGGCCAUGGGUGAGCGAGCCCACCACAGAGCCCAAGUGUGCUCUGGCACCAACCUCAGGAAGUGCCAGGACCUAGGAGACUCAAUUCUUCUGAUUCUGGGCAGUGUCAUCUUGCUCAACGUGGGGAUCAAUGUGGUGAUUCUGCUCUGGAGGCAUCUGAAGAGCUCCUUGCGGAUUCUUUUCCGUCAUUUUUUCCCCAAAGACAAGCAACCCAGCCGUAUAGGCAGCCAUCCCAUGUGUAUGCGCUGCUCCGUGGAUCCCAAGAACCUGUUCACAAGAGUCUCUUCCCACUUCCAUCAUCGCCCAAGCUUCCUGCUUGGGCACCCUAACCACCUUGACUCCUGGAUACCAGACACGAAUGAUGAGAAGGCUUCUAGGUGCUGCUGGAUGCCACCUCAGUGUGGACAGGCCAAGGCUCCUGUGGAGGCUCCGUGGGGACUGUGGAAGGAGGGGAUGAUGGGAGCUGGGGAGGCCCCUCAGGUCACAGCCUUAAAGGCCCAAGCCACCUUCUUCUCCAGGCAAGAGACAUCUUCCCAGUUCCCCAGGAUGAGCAAGUUGGACAUGGUUCCACUCCGCUUGCCCCCAAAGAGCAAGACUAAGACCCCAGACUAUGACCCAAACCAGGCCCCCACCCAGGCCCCGACCCACUCCCCAGUCCACGCCCCUGAGCACACCCACCCCCAGGCCCAGACUCGCUCCCCAGUCCAGACCCCUGAGCACAUCCCUGCCCAGGCCCAGACCCGCUCCCCAGUCCACUACCCUGAACACACCCAACCCCAGGUUCAGAUCCGCUCCCUAGUCCACCCCCCUGAGCAUAGCCCCACCCGGGCCCAGACCCACUCCCAAGCCCUCACUCCUGAGCACACCCCUGCCCAGGCCCAGGGCCCUGAGCACACUUCAGUCCACACCCUGGGCCACAGCCCAGAGCACAUAACAGUCCAUGCCCCAGCCUGCACCCCAGCCCAGGCUCGUCUAACCUAUACCCAUGCCCACAAUCUGGUCCCUGCCCCAAACUCUGUCCCAGCCCCUCCUCCAACUUCUGCCCCUGCCACUACUCCUGCCCCAGCCCCUACACCAGCCCCUGUCCCAAUCUCUGCCUCAACCCCUACCCCAGCAUUGGUCAUGGCCCGGACUACCACUCCAGUCCCUGCACCUGUCCCUGCCACCACCUCUACCCCCAUCCUAACUCCUAUUCCCUCUACCCCGCCUGCCUUCAGCCAAGGCCUCUCCACUGGCCAUGUGGUCUACAAUGCCCGCGGGGUAAAGCAGAACUUAUUCCGUGUGUGCCUCCCCCAGAACUCUGAGUAUUCCAGAAAGUACUUGGGCACUCUUUCCAGGCCCCAAGAGGGGCAGGGCCUGGUGAGCUCUGGUACAGCUGAGCAAACAUCGAAUCAACGUAGUGGGGACAGUGCCAAGCCCUCCAUAGGAUCCAUAUUGGGUUACCUGGAGUUGGGGAAUAUGGAAUGGAAGAUCUCAAAUGAUUUCGAAGACAAGUUCUCACAGCCCAAGACCUUCCCUUACUGCAGCUUCCAUCCUUGCAGUUCUGAGAAGAGAAACACAGAGUCCCAAGCUCCAGUCUACCCCAAAUUCCUGGUCUACUCCAAGGAUGCUACACCUUCUCAACCUUGCUUUCAUUCUCCAACAAAUGCCUGGAGCCCACUGUGCACCAUUCCUCCACCAUGCACUCUUUCCCUGCCUCUUGUUUCUCCCAGGUCCUUUGUCCUUCAUCAACCCACCAACAACCAGAAGCCCUCCACCUUAAUACAAACCCCUACCUUUCCCCCAACCUCCAAGUCUCCUCAGUCUGUCCCCUCUUCCCAGUUCCCCAUCCCUCUGCAGUUCUCUACCAUUUCCCAAUCCCCAAUCCAACCCCAAUCCCCGGAACUUCAUGAGCGUCUAGGCCUCACCCAAGACUCUGGCCUCCAAAAGACCCCAAGCCCUUCAAAAGACUCUAAAGUUCCCAGGAACACAGGCCUUACCCAAAAUCCAGGCCUCCGCAAGAACCCAGGCCUUACCCAAGAUCCAGGCCUCCACAAGAACCCAGGCCUUACCCAAGAUCCAGGCCUCCACAAGAACCCAGGCCUUACCCAAGAUCCAGGCCUCCAUAAGAACCCAGGCCUUGCUCAAGAUCCAGGCCUACAUAAGCUCCCAAGCCUUACCCAAGACUCUGCCCUUCACAAGAAUCCUCAAGAUUUUGUCACUACUCAAGAUUCUGGCCCCCAAAAGAGUGUAGGUCCUACUCAAGAUCCAAGUAUCUCUAGGAGCACAUGUCUUACCCAACACCCUGGCCUCCACAAGAACACACCAUUUCCCCAAACUUCUGACAUUCAGAGGACCUCAGGCUUUAUGCAAGACACUGGAGUUUAUAGGAAUCUAGAAGGAAACCAAGAGACUGUACUCCACAAAAGUCAAGAUCUCUCCCAAACAACUGGUCUCCAAAACAGCCCAGGCCCUUCUCAAGAAUCUGGGGGUUACAAGAGUACAGGUAAUGCCCAAGAUCCUGGAGUCUAUAGAAGUCUAGGCCUUACCCAAGAUUCUGGCCUGCAGAAGAACCCAUACCUUGCCCAAGACUCUGGAGUCAACAACAGCUCAGGCCUUUGCCAGGAAUCAGGUCUCCACAAGAGCCCAGGCCUUGUCCAAACUUCUGGCCUCCAUAAGGGCUCAGGACUUACCCAAGACUCGGGAGACUACAAGAAUCUAGAGACUACAAGAGACGAUAAGAAUACUCAAGAUUCUGGAGUUUGCAGGAGCCUGGGCCUUACUCAAAAUUCUGACCUCCAUAAGAAUCUAGGCCUUACCCACACCACUGAAGUUGAAAAGAAAAGUGACCUUACCCAAGACGUUAGAAUUCACAGGAGCCCAGAACGUACCGAAGGCCCUAACUUCCACAAGAACCCAGGAAUUAAUCAAGAUCCUGGCCCCCAGAAGGGUCCAGCCCUUACCCAAGACUCUGGCCUCCCCAAGACUCAAGGCCUUAUGGAGGAAUCAGGCCUCUACAAGAACACAUGCCUUAUCCCAAAUCCUGACCUCCACAAGAACCCAGGCCUUGCUGCAGGUACUGAGUCUGUCCAAGUCUUGGGCCCACCUCAGACUGCAAAGUCAACACUGGCCCUGAUGAAAUCAUUUGUAUCUGAGGAGGCUCCUCAGAAGGAGGAUGCAGAGAGGCACGUACUAUGGACUUCUGUCCCACCCAGUCAGAACUCCUGCUCUUCCAAGGCCCGGGUGAUCUACAAUGACCUGCAAACCUUCUCAGAGGUACCUGUACUAAUUGAGCUGCAGCCACCCUCCCGGAGAGCAGGCAGCCAAGACUGGGUGUACCGCCCUGUGGAUAUGGUUCCUCCAGCCUGCCAGAACUAUCGCCAGAUGUCUAUGCCUCCCAAGAUCAACUGGAAGCCCUACUGUCCUGGGCCAGGCACCCGGGUAGGGCAUGUGGUCUUUGAUGCCCGCCAGAGACAGUUUGGAGUGGGCAGGGACAAGUGUGAAGCUCCAUCUCCCAGGUGCCUUCACCAAGAGGCACCCAACAACUCAUCAGAGACCAUUAAGGAGUGGGGCUAUCAGUGUGUGAUGAGAACCUCGGAAAAAGAGGGAACAAAUGUGCAUCAGGAAUAA